AUGUUGAACCUCAACCUGUCAGGCUUCGUGAAUGUCUUCAGACUCCUCGCAAGGCCUUCACUGUGUCUUCCCCACGCAACAGUAUCGACCUUCGCCGAGCUCCCCAGUCCGCUGUCAAAGGCGUUCGAGGGCCAGGGGAAGAAGGUGAAUAUCAAGGCAGUCGUGCUUGACAAGGACGACUGUUUCGCUUAUCCUGAGACGAAUGAGAUAUACCCUGCUUAUACAGAGCGAUUUCGACAGCUGCAAAAGGAAUACCCCGGCCAUAGGCUUCUGAUCGUCUCCAACACCGCUGGAGCAACAUCAUACGACCGCGAUGGACGGCUAGCCGAUGAGUUGGAGACGGCAACCGGAGUUUCUGUCCUCGCUCAUCGCGUAAAGAAGCCGGGUUGCAAGGGCGAGAUCAUGGCUCACUUCAAGAGCCACCCAGAGACUGGCGUCACCCACCCGAGCGAGAUUGUCAUCGUGGGAGACCGCCUGAUGACCGAUAUGAUGUUGGCCAACACGAUGGGCAGCUGGGGGCUGUGGAUCAAGGAAGGGGUCAAGCCCCUGAAUCAGAAGAGCAUUUUCUCGAAAUUCGAGCAACGACUGGGACCUUUCCUUUUGGCUCGUGGCUUCCGGCCCUCUGACUGA